AGCGGACUUCCCUCCGCCUCUUUAAGCGUUUCCUCUGCUUUUCUCCUCUUGGAAUUCCAGUCUCCAAACCUCCAAAAACAAUAAUAAUUCCUUUUCUUUUUCCAAAAUUAAACUGAAAAAUUAUUUCCACGCACCCCAAAAAAUCUGAAAGAAAAAAAAAAAAAAAAGAAGAUGAAAAGCGGUCGGUCGGAGACGAAAUUCGUGCAAGAAUUGAUUCUGUAUGCGGCGAGCGCCGCUCUGAGCUGUUUGGUAUUGUUCGUGGGGCUCAAACAUUUGGACCCCAAUCGCGAUGCUUCGAAGAAAGCCCUAGAGCAUAAGAAGGAAAUCGCAAAGCGUUUAGGAAGACCUCUCAUUCAAACUAAUCCCUAUGAGGAUGUUAUAGCUUGUGAUGUAAUCAACCCUGACCAUAUUGAUGUCAAAUUUGACUCUGUUGGAGGAUUGGAUGCCGUUAAACAAGCAUUAUAUGAAUUAGUUAUUCUUCCGUUACGGAGACCUGAGCUAUUUUCUCAUGGGAAGCUUCUUUGUCCUCAAAAAGGUGUUUUGUUAUAUGGACCACCAGGCACUGGCAAGACAAUGCUUGCAAAAGCAAUAGCAAAAGAGUCUGGUGCUGUUUUUAUUAACGUGAGAAUAUCGAACUUAAUGAGCAAAUAGUUUGGGGAUGCACAGAAACUAGUGACUGCUGUAUUCACCUUGGCAUACAAACUCCAGCCAGCAAUUAUUUUCAUUGAUGAAGUGGACAGUUUUUUGGGCCAACGCAAGACUACAGACCAUGAAGCGCUAACUAACAUGAAAACUGAAUUUAUGGCUUUGUGGGAUGGGUUCACCACAGACCAACAUGCUCAGGUAAUGGUGCUUGCAGCUACCAAUCGACCAUCAGAACUUGAUGAAGCAAUUCUGCGACGUCUUCCUCAGGCAUUUGAAAUUGGGAUUCCUGAUAGCAGGGAGAGGACUGCAAUAUUGAAGGUUAUAUUGAAGGAUGAGAAGGUUGAAGGUGGUAUUGAUUAUGAUCACAUAGCUGGUUUAUGUGAUGGUUACACAGGUUCAGAUAUCCUUGAGCUCUGCAAAAAGGCCGCCUAUUUUCCAAUUAGGGACCUACUCAACAAUGAGAAAACCGGAAGGGCAUCUCAGGAGCCAAGGCCAUUGUCGCAGUUAGAUUUGGAAACAGUCGUUGCUACAACAAGAAAGACAAAUGUUGCUGCAAGUGAGUAUAGCAGAUUAAGCUCGCAAACGUUGGGAUGGUCACAGCAUAGAGAAUCAGAUGAUUAUCAGGUCCAAGAUGCCAUUAAUGAGCUAUCUAAGCUUGUUAUUUCCCAAAUUUUGAACAUUCAGUCAGUUGCUCAUGAUCCUUGACUAUUUCUUAUAUGCCAAUAUAACUUCAGACUAGGUUGAUUGCUUCUAUAACUAGUCUUAAUUCUUUCAUGUUAUAUUGGGUUAGAUAUACUGUUAGGAUUCAUCAAAUCUUUGACCUCCUGCUGACCAACUUAGCAUCUUGGGACCGUUGCAUUCACUUGUACCAAUUCUGAUCUCUUUUAAUUUUCCGUGAUCUCAUCUUCUUUCCCUGCUUUUUUAUUUUUUGGGUAGAAUCUCAUCUGCUUUCUACUAAGCCCCUCUUUUUCCUCUUCCCUCAUUCUCUUUUACUUCCAGGAUUAAUUGAACUGCUGAGAAGACUCUCUUAGUUGUAUUACUAGAACUCAUCAUCUGGCAGAAUUUUGUGACCGUAAGCUGUGGUUAGUUGAUAUAACAUCCAGAUGGAUUUUGCCAUCCUUCCAUUAUCUUCCAGCUGUUGUGUAAUUUAGGAACUUUGUACCCACAAGGACUUUGCCAGUUUUCCAUGGCAUGUGCAAGGAAGCAGUUGACAGUAUAGCUUAUUCUGGUGGCCUUGGUUGUUGACUUUAAUUGGAAGUUGCUUCCCAACCACCGUAGUGUACUCAUUCGACCAAAAUUGUUGUAUUUAUAUAAUUGCUUAGUAACAAUAAUGUCAUUCUACCAAAAAAAAAAAGAAUUGAAUAUUCCACCUUUCA